AUGGGCGCGGGCUCCGGGGCGGGCGGAGUGGCGGCGGCGGCUCUCGGCUCGUUGAGGCGCGGGGCGCGGCGGGCGCGGAACGCUCCUGAGCCUUUGGCAGCUGCUGAGACCCUAGCUGAGGUACCUGAACACGUGCUGCGAGGACUUCCGGAGGAAGUGAGGCUGUUCCCAUCAGCUGUUGACAAGACCCGGAUCGGUGUCUGGGCCACUAAACCAAUUUUAAAAGGCAAAAAGUUUGGGCCAUUUGUUGGUGAUAAGAAAAAAAGAUCUCAGGUUAAGAAUAAUGUAUACAUGUGGGAGGUAUAUUACCCAAAUUUGGGAUGGAUGUGCAUCGAUGCCACUGAUCCGGAGAAGGGGAACUGGCUGCGAUUUGUGAACUGGGCUUGCUCAGGAGAGGAGCAAAAUUUGUUUCCACUGGAAAUCAACAGAGCCAUUUACUAUAAAACUUUAAAGCCAAUCGCGCCGGGCGAGGAGCUCCUGGUCUGGUACAAUGGGGAAGACAACCCCGAGAUAGCAGCUGCGAUUGAGGAAGAGCGAGCCAGCGCCCGGAGCAAGCGGAGCUCCCCCAAGAGCCGGAAAGGGAAGAAAAAAUCCCAAGAAAAUAGAAACAAGGGAAACAAAAGCCAGGACAUAGCACCGAAGACAAGUGAGCCAGAUUCCACCUCUGCAAAUAUGAGAGAUUCUGUGGAAGCCAUUUUAUCAGCACUGUUUGUGAUGAUGGUAUUCAUAAAGAAUUGCAAUCUUCUGUGCCCUUAUAUGAAGCAAGAAUAGAUGAG